AGGCCGCCGCUGGAGUUUCAAAAGUUGGAGGGUUCGAAAGAGAGAGAGAGGUUCUCGGUCGCAGCUGUAGCUUAAAUCUCGUAAACCUCAUUGGAGGCUCCGCAAGAAGAGAGUGUAGAAGAAGAGACCGCCAUGGCCAGUAGUUCAGCGGCAACUACCUUACAAGAUGUCUCCUCCAUUGAUCUCAUGUCCGAGCUCCUCCGUCGCAUGAAAUGCGCUUCCAAGUCCGACAAGCGUCUCGUUCUCAUUGGUCCACCUGGAUCAGGAAAAGGCACCCAAUCUCCAAUCAUCAAGGAUGAUUACUGCUUGUGUCACUUGGCCACUGGUGAUAUGUUAAGAGCUGCAGUUGCUGCUAAAACUCCAUUAGGUGUUAAGGCUAAGGAGGCUAUGGAUAAGGGUGAACUUGUGUCUGAUGACUUGGUUGUUGGCAUCAUAGAUGAAGCAGUGAGAAAGCCUUCAUGUCAGAAAGGUUUCAUUCUUGAUGGAUUUCCAAGAACAGUGGUCCAAGCACAGAAGCUGGAUGAGAUGCUUGAAAAGAAGGGUGUUAAAAUUGAUAAGGUGCUUAAUUUUUCCAUUGAUGAUUCAAUCUUGGAGGAGAGGAUUACAGGGCGAUGGAUACACCCAUCCAGCGGAAGGUCUUACCACACAACAUUUGCUCCUCCAAAGGUCGCUGGUGUUGAUGAUGUCACUGGAGAACCUUUGAUUCAACGUAAGGACGAUACUGCAGCGGUUCUCAAAUCACGGCUGGAGGCUUUCCACAAGCAAACUAAGCCAGUAAUUGACUACUAUUCCAAGAAGAAAAUUGUUGCAGAUCUCCAAGCAGAGAAGCCUCCCAAACAGGUAACAGAAGAGAUUCAGAAAGUGCUCUCAUCCUAGAAACACGUCUGUUAGCUCAACAAUGGCUUAUUUUCACAGAAAACCAUUGUUUACCCUUUUUGUUUACUGAUGUUAUAUGGUCGAAUCUGCCGACUCUAUGAUAUAACUUCAUUUGUUUUACAAACCAAAGUUACCCGACUGCUAUCAACUUCUGAUUACAGAAUGAACUAAUACUACUACAAAAUAAGAAUGAUCAUUGGAAUCUAAUCACUUUCUUUGCAGA